AGCUGCGGAACUAGAACUAAAUUCGUCAACAGAUUAGUGGGAGUACGUCUAAAUAAUAAAUUUUGACAGCUUUGGAUUGUAGUGAUAAAUAUCUAUCAACAUGUCGUGGGAAGGAUUCAAGAAGCAGUUUAACAAAGCAAACCAGUAUAUGAGUGAAAAGAUUGGUGGUGCUAAAGGAACAGAACUAGAUGAAGAAUUUAUAGAGAUGGAAAGGAAAAUUGAUGUGAUGUCAAAGUUGGUGGAUGACUUAAUUUCAAAAACACAGGAAUAUCUCCAACCAAAUCCAGCUUCCAGAACAAAAAUGAUGGUUGUAAAUAACUUCUCCAAGGUUAGAGGAAACACAAAGAAUAUUUCCUACCCACAGCCAGAGGGAACUCUUGGGGAACACAUGAUCCGACAUGGCAAGGACUUGGGGGAGGAUAUGGUGUUUGGGGAGUGCCUCACGGAGGCCGGGGAGGUGUUCAAACAAAUCGCUGACCACAAGUACGCUCUGGAGGACGAGGUCAAACAGAAUUUCCUAGGACCUCUAUCAGAUCUCCAAUCCAAGGACCUUAAGGAGGUCAAUCACCACAGAAAGAAGCUCUCUGGUAGAAGGCUGGAUUUUGACUGUAAGAAAAGGAAGAAAGAAAAAGGAGAGGCUGGCGGAAAAACUGCAGGGUCCAAUGUGUCAGAUGAAGAAAUUCGAGUGGCAGAGGAAAAGUUUGAAGAAUCCAAGGAACUUGCAGAAAAAGCUAUGCAAAACUUACUGGAAAAUGAAGUGGAGCAGAUUGCUCAGCUUCAGUCCUUCAUCGAGGCUCAAAGGGAGUACCAUAAACAGGCGGCAUCACUCCUUGAUGAUUUACUGGACACCAUAGAGCAAAAACGCAGUGAUGCUUUAUCAAGACCAAAGAAAGAGUACGUACCAAAGUCAUCCAGCCGAAUUUCAACCGCUUCAAACCACAUGUAUGACACUGCUGACAGCUACAAUUUUAACAACACUCCCCCUGCUAGUGCACCCAAGAAAGAGCCAUGUGCAAAAGCUCUGUAUGACUUCGAGCCAGAGAAUGAGGGAGAACUAGGCUUUGUCGAGGGAGACAUGAUCAAGCUCAUCUCACAGAUCGAUGAAAAUUGGUAUGAGGGCUCUCUGCAUGGCCGAACCGGUUUCUUCCCAGUGAAUUAUGUGGAGGUUGUUGAAGAUCUUCCUCAUUGAGCUAUUCCAAAAUACACCACUAGACAGACAUGUGGGGCGGGGUAUUGGGAGGUACCUGUCGUGUACACAAAGGGUUUCAUUAGCCGAUUCUCAGUAGUUCAGUUCUGUUUAGCUUGCUGCCAUUUCCCUGACAAAUGCCUUUUUGAAACAUUCUGUGUAAGACACAGUAAGGUUUAUGGUGAUUGUUUUGAAAGUUUGAAAAACCAAACAAAACUCUGAUUUGUCUAUUGAUACUGUGUGCUCAGGGCAUUUUUAAAUGGUUUGUGUAGAAUCUUUCUUGUUGUGGUAUACCUGUCCUGUAUGAGAUUAUCUGUUCCACUUGUUUUCAGUCUCUCCAACUUUUCCUUGUUUAUUUUGGUGCUUGUUAGAGAUUAAUAGAUAAUAGAAAUGGAUUCAUUUUUAAGCAUUCUGUCAGUUAGUUCUCAUUUUCACCUUUUUUGUCUUGCCAGUUUUAACUAUUGUGUGGGUUAUGUCCCCUUGUAUGUCCUAAAAACCUUCACCAUAUGCACUCAAACUUAGAAAGUUUGCACUGUAGCAAUAUAGGUACGUUGUACAAUAAUCAAGUACAUGUAAUUUAUUAACUGUAAAUCACAUUUCAUAUAACUUUAUUUUUAUUAGAAGUUGUAGCAUUAUUAGAAACAAAUUUCAGAUAUCCACUGUAUGAUGUAAUUUAAGUUUACCGUUGAUGAGAACUUCAUGUUGGAGUGAAAUUAUGCAUAAAUAAAGUUCUUGUGAAGAAAAUGUAAUUAAGUGAACACGUAUUCCUUGUUAGAAUAUGACAAUUAAUUCUUUUUUGCAUGCAUGAACAUGACACUAUAUGGUUAUUAAUUUCUUGUUUUGAUACAUGGUAUCAGACAAUGUGUAGUUAUAUGUGUGGGCAGCUGUUAUAGAAGGCUCAAUUCUAGUUAAUGCUUGUUAUAUUGUGGUAUUUUACUUUCAAUGUGAACCAAAGAGAAGUAAAAAUUCCUCACUUCUGAAUUGGAAGAAAGCUUUUUUCUUUUUUUUAAAAAAAAAAAAAACCUUCUAAACUACCUAGUCAUGAAACCAAAAAACAGUUUUCGAAUUGUUGGAUUUAUAUCACACACCAGAACACCAACAAAAUUUUUGUCAGCUUUUGAAUCCACCCCCACUAAAAAAAAAUCGUGAUGAUUGUCCACAAAACCCUGUAGAAGUUUAUUGAUAUUUUAAAAGAUGAAACCCAUUUUUUUUCCCCAUGAAUUUCAGAUGGCUACCAUCUUUUUUAAUUCUUGAUGAUUUAACAAUGUCUUUGUACACCCUGUUACACUUACACAGAAAUACAGUAUGCAAUAUGUAUAUUCUGUAGACAUUGAUCUGCAUCGGAUAAAAUCUUUCCCUCUUUUCUAAAGUUCUGCUGGUCAGAAUGUGUUGUACUUUCUUUAUUGUAUAAACUUGUAUAAAAAUAGAAUUCAUUAUCUUAAAAAAAUAUUAUUAAAAUCAUUGUUUGCUUCAUAUUUUUUCUGGUUAUAAUUAUGUUAAGAAAAAAAUAUCAUUUGAUUUUUUUUUUCAUGUCAGGUUUGAUUAUUGUCAGCUUUCAGUUCUUUAAAGUGCUUACUGCUUGUUCCCAUUUUAUUUGUCAAUUUUUCAGAAUAAGGUUGAAAAUAAAAAUGAGUUUUGGUAGCUUUGAUAUGCUUGCAUUUUAAUUGUUUAUAAUGAUUUCCUUAAAUGAGUUCACUAUCAAAUUUUUACACACUUUUCAAGAUUUGUUUGUACGUGCACACCCCCCCCCCCCCCUUCCAUACCCUAAAAACUAUCCAUUGAUUUGUGUUAGUGUAUAAUGAGUACGUCUGCCUCUGUAUGUUGCAAUUUAAACAAAAUUGAAAAAAAUUAAAGUAUAUUCCAGUAUCUUAUGUGUAUUGAUUAGAAUGAAAUUAACAGGAAAGCUGAAAAUUAAAAUAUCUUUGAAGGGUGAAAUUGGAAAAUAUUAGUGAAAAUGUCUUAUAAAAAGUAUGUCUAUAAUAAAUACCUGUUAUAUGCGGUAAAUUUGAGCCAUACUAAAUAUGAUUUAAUAUAUAGUCUCUUUUUAAAUGUAAAUAAGAUAUUUAGUAAAUUUGGAUUCAUGUUUGUGUGUAUCGUUUUAAUAUACCUAUUCUUUUACACAGUGUUAUGAAGUUAAUUAGAUUUUUUCUGUUGUUACACAGACCUGUUUUGAUUGGAUUCGGUGUGAAUGAAUUGGUAUGUGAAUAAUGUUAAUAAAUAAAAGUAUCGUUAUAGAUAUACAUGUAUAAAAA